AGGAUGAAGCAGCGUCUGUCGUCUCUGGAGUUUUGUCUCACCGUGGUUUCUUUUCUUCUUCUGAUCUGUUGUGUCGGACUGAUCGUGGUUUCAUGGAUCAGCCUCGGUUCUGAAGGUGCCCUUGAGCCUGUGGGGCUGAGUGGUCGGAUGGUGAUCACACAAGGCGCUGACUUCUCUGAGGAGCUGAUGAACUGCAGCAGUCCCUCCUUUAAGUCUUUGGCCUUCGACGUCCAACAGCUGGUGUCCGAGGCGUUUGGCCUCACUGAACUCAGGCGACUCUACAAGUCCUGUCAGGUGGUAAACUUCAGUCAGGGGAGCGUGGCCGUGACCCUUGACCUCUGGUUUUAUCAUAUAAUCGACGCGAAGGAGGCGGAGCAACAACUGGGGGCGGGGCUUACAGAGGCAGGGAACAGAGGAUUGGUGAUUGACAGGAGCAGCAUUCAUAUCACAGAGAAACGAGAAUUUACGACGGAGACGCCGACUACGGAGACACAGACGAGCAUCACACCUACAACAGCGAUGUGUCCUCCUCAUCAGAGACACUGUGCUGAUCGAUGGACGUGUGUCCUGAUCAAUCAUUUCUGUGACGGCGUCUCCGACUGUCCUGACGCCUCCGAUGAAGACAGCACUCGCUGUGCAUCAAUGUGUGACGGACAGUUCGUGUUGAGAGGACCGACGGGUUCCUUCAGCUCGUCCAACCUUUCUAAAACCACUUUCUGUCGCUGGAUCAUCAGAGUUGAUCAAGGUUUUUCGGUUCAGAUAAAUUUUCAUCAAACACAACAAAACAUCAUCAACAUGAAGAUUUAUGAAGGAGUCGGACCAAACAAACAGCUCACAGCUGAGCUCUCGGGCUCCGCCCCUCCUAGGACGGUGUGGCUGCUGACGGACCAAUCAACUGUGGAGUUUAUCGCGGAUGAUGUCACCAACCUGUCAGGAUUCAACGCCACCUACAGCGCCACCAACUUGUCCAGCCUCUCUGAUCAACAGAAACUGACCUGCACCUUUGAGCAAGGCAUGUGUUUCUGGAGGCAGCGGCAGGACGAUGACGAUGGAGACUGGAUUCGAACCAACGGCUCCACGUUUCCUCCGCUGACCGGACCGAGUCUCGACCACACACUGGGUGACGGCUCUGGUUUCUACAUCGUCACACCUUGGAGUCCCGGCCAAUGGCUGAAGAGCUUCAGGAUCCACAGCCUCCCUCUGACUCCGUCCACGCAGCCCAUGUGUCUGAGCUUCUGGUACCACAUGUUCGGAGACGAUGUCCGCCGGCUCCGAGUCCUGCUGCUGGGAUCGAACCCUGAAGUCACCUUGCUGUUCCAGAGAGAUGGAAACUAUGGGGACAACUGGAACUACGGCCAGGUCACCAUCAACCUGACCACGACGGGCUCGGUGGAGUUUGAGGCCUUAAAGAAAGGAGGGAUGAGGAAUGACAUUGGCCUGGAUGAUAUCACUCUGACCGCCAAUCCCUGUGGCCCCAGCCCACCUGAGCCCACUAAUGUCCCCCCAACGACCACCCCCACCCCCAUCCCAGCUGACUGUGGAGGGCCCUUUAACCUCUGGGAGCCAAACUCCACCUUCAGCUCGCCAAACUACCCACAAUCCUAUGGGAACAAGGCUCAAUGUCUGUGGACUCUCCACACGGUGCAGGGUCAAAACCUUCAGCUCCACUUCCUGGACUUUGACAUUGAAGCAACCUAUGACGUCGUAGAGGUGCGGGAUGGGGCGGGAUCUAACUCCACCUUACUGGCUGUCCUCACUGGGAUCGAUGGCCCCACCCAUGACUUGUUCUCAACAACCAAUCAGAUGACAGUGUGGUUCUUUACAGACGCCUCAGGUCACGGCCGAGGGUUCAGCGCCAACUUCACCUCUGGGGUCAACCUGGGGUCACCAGCUCCGUGUGCAGCCGGGCACUUCCAGUGUCAGACAGGAAGUUGUAUCCAUGGCAUCCGUCAGUGUGACGCUGUGGUCGAUUGUCCUGACGCGUCUGACGAAGCAGAUUGUGUUGUGUUACAGGUGAACGGGUCAAAUCGUCUCCAGUUUCAACUCAUUUCGACUUUGUUUACUGUCUGUUCCAAAACCUGGAACCAUCACCUGUCUCACCUCACCUGUCGAUAUCUCGGCUACAGGUCAGGGGAAGCGUCAGUGUUUACAGCUUUGCCAGAAGAUUCACCAUUUAUGAUCGUCACAGUCACCAGCAACGGAACCAUGGAAACCACAAUCAGUGAAACCUGCCCCAGUGAGGAAGUGAUUUCAUUAAACUGUGACAACCAACCUUGUGGAGUUCGUCGAGUCACUGAUACAACGAAGGAGACGGACCAAUCAGAAGACAGAAACCUUGGUCAAGCUGUGGGCCGGGUAGUGGGGGGUGCAAAUGCAGUGAAAGGGGCGUGGCCGUGGAUUUCGUCUCUUCAGUGGAGAGGACGUCACGUGUGUGGAGCCUCUGUAAUUGGCAGUGAUUGGCUGUUGACUGCUGCUCAUUGUGUCUAUGGGAAAAACGUCCACCUCCAGUCCUGGACUGCUGUUCUCGGGCUUCACUCUCAAAGCCACAUGAACCCUGCGGAGGUUCAGACCCGACGAGUCGAUCACAUCGUCAUCAACAGACACUACAACAGACAAAGCAAACAGGCCGACAUCGCCUUGAUGCAUCUGGAGACACAGAUCAACUUCACCCAGUCGAUCCAGCCACUGUGUUUACCUGCUGAAGGUCAAAAGGUCGAACCAGGAAAACAAUGUUUCAUCGCUGGAUGGGGACGAGACGCCGAGCAGGGUUCUCUUCCUGACGUUCUCCAGGAGGCGAUGGUUCCUCUGGUGGUUCAGGAUCAGUGUCAGCGUCAGUUACCUGAGUACAACAUCACCUCCAGCAUGCUGUGUGCUGGGUUCCCUGAGGGUGGAGUCGACUCCUGUCAGGGUGACUCUGGUGGUCCACUCAUAUGUCUGGAAGACGGACACUGGACUCUGAUUGGUGUGACCUCAUUUGGGAUUGGCUGUGGACGACCUCAGAGACCUGGAGUCUAUGCCCGAGUCUCCGCCUUCAGCUCCUGGAUCGCCCGGACCAGACGCUCCAAUCUCUCUCUGACAUGA